AUGGUGGCACCAACUGCUUUGAGGAAAUCAGAAGUGGCAACUGGAAAUGGAGAAAUUGAUGGAGCUAGUAGGAUCAUUGGUGUUAAUAAUAAGGAAAGUAUUGACGAUGAGGACGAUGACGAUGUUAUGUUGGGUCAAGAAGCUGAAGUUCAGGAGGCUGCAAAUGAAGAGGGUGUAAAGAAGCAGUCGAAAGAAUCGAAAGGUGUGGUAUUGGAUGAUCAAGGAAAACCACGUUUUGGCUCCGCCAAUCUUGCCAAGGAGGGAAAGGUAAAGUUGGAGAGUAGAAAGGUUGCAGUUCCUCCUCAUAGAAUGACUCCUUUGAGAAACAACUGGACAAAAAUUUACCCACCUUUAGUGGAGCAUUUGAAACUUCAGGUUAGAAUGAAUUUGAAGACAAAAUCCGUGGAACUGAGGACAAACCCAAAACAUACUACAGAUCCAGGAGCUUUACAGAAAGGUGCUGAUUUCAUAAAGGCGUUCACUUUGGGGUUUGACCUCGAUGAUUCUAUCGCUUUGCUGAGAUUGGAUGAUCUUUACAUCGAGACAUUUGAAAUUAAGGAUGUCAAGACUCUAAAUGGGGACCAUCUUUCGAGAGCCAUUGGUCGUAUUGCAGGUAAGGACGGUAAGACCAAGUUUGCCAUCGAAAAUGCUACGAGGACGAGAAUUGUCUUAGCCGAUUCAAAGAUUCAUAUUUUAGGUGGGUUCACACAUAUUAGAAUGGCAAGAGAAGCUGUGGUAAGUUUGAUUUUAGGUUCUCCACCGGGCAAAGUUUAUGGUAAUUUACGUACUGUCGCCUCUAGGCUGAAGGAACGCUACUAA